AUGUUCAAGGCUCUGAUGGGAAGCGGCGGCAGUCGGGACGACUCAAGCUCCCGGUCGUCUCGUCGCAAGCAAACUGCAGACGGCGACGACGUCUCAGUCUCGUCUCGCCGCCACUCCAAACGCUCCUCUGCCUCCAGCGUCUCUUCUAACCGCAAAUCUUCACGGGGUGACGACCGUGACCGCGGUUUGGGAGACGUGAGCGCAAGUCGCAGCGUCACCGGAGAAUCCACAGCUACCUACGUUACCGCCGAGCCGGAUUCCUAUGCUGAAGAGCCCAUCAUUAUUGAACGUACCCCUAAAUAUGCCGACGAUGAUGCCCGGUCGACGACUAGCCGAUCCUCUCGCCGCGACUCUAACAAAAACAAGGAGCACAAGGACACAAAAGAGCGCUCUUCUCGAGAUGAUACAGACUCAGAUCGCACGCGCAGACGCACUCGCUCCGGCGACAAGAAUGAUUCAUCAUCGAAAUAUCCUCCUGCUGAAACGACCCCUGGCCAUUUUGCAUCUGAUAUAGCUGCGCCCGGCUUCAAUCAGUUCCCCAUGCAGUACGAUUCCACCAUACCCAGUCCCUCGGCUCCAUCCCAUUCUCCACUAGACGCUCAUAUCGCACAACAAUUUCCCGGCCAGAUGUCAGGCUCGGGCGCAGAGCCUUUUCUACCAGGAAACCCGGCCGGUUUCGCGGCGGAUUAUUAUGGCGACCAGGGCCAGUCUGUCGCCCUUCAACCUGGCGUUCGUCCUCGGCCGCCGGAUGUCAUUGCAAGCACGGAGCCCCAUUUGAUGGCUGCUUCAUCCACUGCCAAUCCGCCCCCAGAACCAAGUAGUUUAGGUGGGGUUGGCGCGGCGGCCGAAUAUUAUGCAGCUGGCGAUUUGGGUGCAACUACAUCGUCCACACCUUCUAAGCCAUCCAAGCCGUCGAAGCCGAGUAAAAUAUCUAAGCCAUCUUCUAAACCGACUAAACCUGCAUCUGGAGGUGCGGCGGCAUACGGGAUUAGCCCUGAACUGCUCAACCAAGCCAAUUCGAAUUAUCCUCUCGCGUCCGGUGGUCUACCAAACACUUCGACCCAAGCGACUUCGGGGUCACAGCAUGGCGUGGGCAUCGCUUUAGGUGGCGCAGCUGCAACCGCUGCAGCAGCCUACAUGGUCAACCAUCACCAGCACCAAUCUAGCUCCGAAAACCACACUGGCCAUCAGAAUGACUCUUAUGGGAUUGGAAUUCCGCCACGGCCUGGUAAUUUCACCUCUAAUGACAUUGCUCCUAUACAAGGUGUUUCUGCCUACAACUCUCAAUAUCACAACGGAACCCCGCCUGGCUAUCCUCAAGGCGGCUUUCAACCAGGUUCACUCGCAUACCACCAGCGUCAUCAUGGACCGCUCGACAAGUUCUUUGAUUUCUGGAAGGAUCCCGAGGCCGUGGGUAGGUUUGAAGAUUACACCGAGGCAAUCGGGGUAUGCAAAUACUGCUUUGAACCUGGAAGUAGCUCGAGAAAUGCGCCACGAAAGCACAAUUACAACCGACGAAAGCGUUCUCCGGUAGUCGAGAGGUACGGCAGCGGCAGCCGAGUUGAUAAGCUGACCCGCUAUGCAUCCUCCGAGGAUGAAAGCCGGCGUUCAAAAUCAAAAUCAGGCUCGUGGCUAGCUGGCGGCCUUGCUGGUGGAAUUGCUGGUUAUGUGGCAAAAUCUUUGUUCAACAGCAAGGAUUUUGACGACACAUACAGUGUUCGUUCCGGACAACGCGUCGAUCCUCGGCGUUAUCCCCAAGAUGACGAAAGCCUUGUAUCUUCUAGCAAGGCUAGCUCCACUUCUCGAGGAGUCUUUGCGAGUCGUCCGGUGAGCGAUAGUAAAUUUUCUGCUUCUCGAGACUCGAAAACAUACAAACUCUCCCGCCGGUCAUCCCAUUCACGUUCUCGAUCGCGGUCUAGGUCGAGAGACCGCCGUGGCCAUUCUGGUAUCAAGGAAGCCGCCAUCGGAGCAGCUGUUGGAUCAGCGUUGACUGCUGCCGCAGCAGGAUCGUUGCGUGACAGGAGUAAAAGCAGGACAAGGAGCGAGAGCAGAGAUAGGCCAUCCCGUCAUCAUAGAAGGCGGCGAUCAGACUCUUCAGAGCGCAUUUCCCAUGAGACCACCCGAGGGCGGCGUAGAUCUAGUCCGAGGAGUUUUAAGUCUUUCUUCACCGCGCCUUCAGCCAAUCGCCGAAAGAAGCAUUCGCCCAAGAGACGAGGCUUCUUUUCAUUCGGAAACUCAUCGUUUUCAUCGGGUGAUGACGACUUGGCCUUUGGCGGCUCAGAACUAUUCGGCUCGUCAGUGAGCGGUAGAUCUAGCAAGUCGAGCAAAUCUAGCAAGUCUAGCAAGAAACAUUCCAAGGCAAAGGUUGAUGCCGAGAUUCUCGGUCUCGGUCUCGCCGCGAGAGAACUUGCGCAUGCAUCUUCUCGAAAAGAUAUCCACCCUCGUGAUCUUGCUCGACCUUCGAGACACUCCAAACCUCUUGGCCCUGACAAUGACGGGUGGGAGGAUGCAGGCUCUUCGGAUUCUGCUGAUUCCGCCCUUUCCGCCAAUCUGGCUUAUGGCGGAAGCGAAAUAUUUGGAAGCCAAUCGUCUGUUAGUUCUGGUCCAUCAUUCUGGCCUUGGAAAUCAAGCAAGAAGGAUAAGAAGCGGCAAUCUCGUCAAGAAUUUAUUCCAACCGUCUCGAAUGACUAUGUCCCAGUAGCUGCUGACUAUAGGAACUACAACUCUUCUGGUGGAAGCCUUCAGCAGGUAUAUCCCGUUCCGACGAGUGACCCGUCACGAUUUGACGCUGUUCGCAUGUCAACAUCCUCAUCCCCCAAUGCACAACCACCGCUCGUGCGGCCGGGGCCUAUACCUCUUCAACAACCUCAACCUAUUACUCCCGUCUCUCAAUCUGUUUACAACCCCUCGUUAACUGGGCCUCCUAUUCUUCCAAAUAGCUCGUCGCAGUAUGGAAUUCGCUCUGAAGAUGUGUCUUCCGACGUUUUCACUCAUCGCCGUAAUUCCUCACCGGUAGUUCCAACGGUGGCUAUGGAUGGCACUCCUUCUCCAGGAAUUCUUAAACGGAGAUCGACCACCAAAGAUGUCGCUUUCUCAUUCACCGAAGAGCAAGCAGAUAGGCAACAGAGAGCAGACCGCCGCGAGAAAGAGCGCCUUGCACGGAAACGUGAAGAGGUUAGGUUACGCGAAGAGGUCGAGGAAGAAGAACGUGAGCGUGAGCGUGAGCGUGAGCGAAAGGAACAAAAGCGAGAAGAACGCCGCCGACGUGAAGAGUUCGAAACAGAAGAAGCCGAGCGCCAAGAGAGAGAUCGUAAACUUGAAGAAGUCCGAUUACGCGAGGAGGUAGAGGAAGAGGAACGCCGACGUGAGCGUAAAGAGCGCAAGGAGCGGAAGCGAGAAGAACGACGCCGACGUGAAGAGUCCGAGGCAGAAGAGGCUGCGCGCGAGACUAGUCGCCAAAGCCGUCGCCAAGAUGGCGACCGACAAUCGGAAGAUCGCUCUUCGUCCUCCUGGGUUGCGCCAGCAGUGACAGCUAUCGGCACUGCCGUUGUCGCUGGCGCUGUUGUCGACAGUGUUCUUGAAGACAACCAGUCGACAUCCAACCGAAGCCGUUAUGAAGAACGUCGCGAGAAGCGUCGAUCAGAGCGGCGCCGUGCCUCUGAAAGCCUGGAAGACGUGACGGAAAGUCGUGACCAGGAAGAAAUCGAACAGGAUGAUGAGGACGAUAACAGGAGAAGGGAGAAGCGUAUUGCCAAGAUUGCCGCCUCUCGCAUCGCGAGAAGCACGAGCCCCACCUAUGAAAGCUAUGUAGACUUCUUCAAACCCGAUGGGUUGGACGAAGAUGACUCCUCCAAGGGUAUCGCUGCGGCUGAACGACAGAAUGCCAGUGAUUCUGAAAAUUCUAUUGUCCCACCUGUGACUAUCAACAUCAUUGGACCGACACCCCCCGCCAGCCACGAUGGCUCUGUACGAGAUGUCCAUUCCCCUAUUCCUGCACUAGAACCAGCAAUCGAAGAGGAAUCGAGAGAAGAGGCAGCAGAAGUGGUGCCGGACCGUCCAGCAGGAUCCCGUGUAUCCUGGGGCGAACAUCAGACACACGAGUAUGAGGUUGAGACCCCACUUUCUGAGGAAGAACCUGAGAACAUGCUUGAUGACCACGACGAAAUACUGUUGAACCGCGAGGUUGCCGAAUCGCCAACUCAAGAGAUAUACUCUACAAUUGACCAGGAGCCAAGUUCGAGAAGUAUUGAAAAGCGAACCAUGCCUGGUGGCUUUGAAGACGACACCGAAUUUGCCGCUACUCUGGCAGCUGGGGCUCAAAUGGCUGGUUUUGACUCAUCUGUCGUAGUUAAUGAUGCAUCUUAUUACAAGAGAGACUCUCCCCCGGGCUCAGAACUUGACGGUACCUAUCACAACCCAGCGGUUGAGAGCGUGACCGACAUUGGUGAUCGGUCUGCAAGUAAGUCUCGGAAAGACAAAGCCCUGCCUAGCCGCAGCGAGAAAUUUAUGAUGGAGGAAUCAGUGCCAGUAGAUACGAGAUCUGCUUCUGGAGCCGAUGGACGACGAUACGCUAACAUCGACGAGGAUGACAAUGAUAAUAGUCGAUCUGUAGUGUCUGCCCCAGCUGGCGAGGAGCGCAAAAAGUCAAAGAAAUCAAAGAAAUCUUCCAAACGCGGAAGCGAUCCUGAUAGCGAAUCGGAGAAACGCUCAAAAUCUUCAUCAGCCAAGGAGGCCACUGCUGUUGCUCUACAUGAAGAUCGGACGUCAGAGAACGAUAUUGUGGACCAAGAGAAUGAUGUCGAUAAACCCCAGCCUGUCUCAGCAGCCGAAGACUGGGAAGAGGAUUCCAAGGAGCAACGCCGUCGGAAAUCGAAGCGCUCUAGCAAGGACCCAGAGUUUUUUGACGAUGCAGCAUCAAUAGCAGCAUCCGCCGCAGCCGAAGACUCGGGAGAAGAUGGAAACGAGCAGCGCCGUCGGAAAUCCAAGCGAUCUAGCAAGGACCGGGACUUUUUUGAAGAUACAGUGUCCAUAGCAGCAUCCGCAGCAGUCUCCGCUCCAGGAGCCGAUGAAAUGGACAAAUAUCGUUCGCGCAGGUCUAAAAAGGACACCGAAGAUUUUGAGGAUGACAGUCGAUCUCUUCCGGACGUGGAUAACGACGGAGAAAAACGCAAAAAGCGUCGUUCUAAGCGCCACAGUGGUGGCUUUGAUGACACACAAUCCGCGACUUCCUCGCCAACUAGGAUUGAUGAAACCCGCGAGGGACACCGCAGCCGAGACCCAUCACUUUCCAAAGUAAAGGAAAAGGAGAAAGACAAAGACAAAGACCAAGAUAAAGACAAGAAGAGCGGUGGGUUCUUCAACAGCCUAUUUGGCUCUAAAAGCAAUCUGGAUCUUUCUUCCUCUUCCUCAGCAAAGCCUGAGGUACGAUCUGAAGUCGGCGUCGAUGAUUAUAACAAGUCCGAGCGUAGACGCAAGAAGAAAUCCUCUGGUCGUGACUUGGAUACGGCUAGCGAAGGAGCACGGUCUUCCUUGGAUUUGUCCCAGCUAGAUAAUGCUGAUGAAGGUGAAGGAGGUGAUAAUGAUAGUCAGGUUUCCCGUCGAAGGCGAAAGCGUCGAGAUAAAUAUGAGGAAAUUGUGGGAUCGUCUCGUGAUGCAUCAGCGAAGGACCGUUCCAUUACUGCAAAUGACGAAGAUGAAGAUAACGACAAGAAGCGGUCUUUUUUAGAGACUAGCCCCGAAAUGCCGCCAAUGACUACUAGCUCUCAAGGCCUAGACGUUAAAGAAGAGGGUGGUGCUUCGGGGCUUCCUGUUACGCAUGGACAAGACUCUCCUUUUUACGAUUUGGAGGACAAAUACCAACGUUUUAGAAGUCGCUCGGUAUCGCCCUCUUCUACUGAAAAGGUCCUUGAUGUAACACCAAAGUCCCGUAGCCGGCCACCGUCUUUUUCUCUCGAUCAGGAAACAGAAUCGCAUACACGACGUCUUUCGAUGUUAAGAACCAAUGACUCACCUACCGCAGUUCCCUUACAUUUCCGCAAACCUCCAACAUCACCAAACGGUUCUAGACGCGUCUCAAUGACCUCACCAAUCGCAUCUCCAAGUUCCCCCAAGCUGGGUCACCGCCGGCCUAACUCCAUGGAAUUCAAAACAGUGCGCGAAGUCCGACCGUUGUGGCUCGUGGAGCGGCAUAGUUCGAGCAAGUUGGAUGCCGAACCAGAAGUUCCGCUACCCUCGCUGCCUUCUAGCAAAACUACCUCACGAAGUGCGUCGGUGGAGGAUCUCCGACAAGAAAACGCUGUUGAUUCCUUCUAUCAAGAUGGACCUUCCUAUGGCUGGGGUCGAAGGUCCGUGGAUAUGCGGAUUUCGACAGAAAACCCGUUCCAUGAGGACACUGGCGACUAUCUGAAUUCUGAACAAACAACACCGACAGCCGAGACAUAUUCGCAAACCUUUCCCCCGCCAAUUAAAAAGGAGAAACCCAAGUAUGAAUUUCAUUCUCCAUCUGAGCUUCUCCAGGAUCCUACCAUGUUCCACCCAGAAGUACCGGAGCCGCCAGCAUUUUUGGACCCCUUACCCUCAGUUACGGGUUCACUUGUCAGUGAGAAGGGGGCUAGUCCAACAGACGAGGAUAGGUCUGUAGAGACUGUCACUGAGACCUCCAAGGACAAGCCUAGCGGUAUUUCAUCGUCCUUAGGCGGCGCAGGGCUCGCUUCAGUUGUCGGCGCUGCAGUCUCCGCGGCAGUUCGUGGUAAGGAAGGCGCAUCAGAUGCACCUCAUGAUGUCCUGCCUGAUCAAUCUACCAAAGAAGUGGAAGCGCCAUCUACUGCGACCGGUGAACCCGGUUUCGGAAAUGUUGUGGAUGCCGCUGUCGCAGCAGCCGUCGAAGAGCCUGCUACACCCCACCCUGAUGUUGCUGUUUCGCUUGAUUCCUCUGUGCGCAAAGUUGGCGUACUGGAAGAGAGUCAACAAGAGGCCAAGGAUAUUACAGCCGAUGGACCUGUGCCUAUGGUUACCAAGAAACAGAAGCGAAAAGAAAAGAAGAAGAAGCAAAAGGGCAAAGACAAAGACGACAGCAAUGAAGCUACUCCUGCCGAAGCCGCUACUCCUGCAGUGGAAAUAAGCACUACAGAAGUGGAGACGGAACGGGCCGAGCCAACGGAGCCGGGCACUGCUGAACCACCAGCGGCCGCAGUAGAAGAACAACCUAUUACUUCGGAACCAAAAGAGCCCGAUGAAAUUUUAAACGAACAGCAGCCUCCUGCUCAUUCCUCGCGCGAUAUUAUUGAAACCGAGGUUCGCGAUGUUUCAACAACAGAAACCGAACCACAGGCGCCGGAGAUGCCCAAUCCGCCAACAGACAGCGAAGCGCCGUCCACCUCGUCGAUUGUGGAGCAAGCAGCAGACGUCGACACCAAUGACCAGCCAACACAUGUGUCAGCGGAACCUGAGGAUAGUUCAAUGCUCACCAAGGCACAAAGGAAGAAAAAGAAGAAACAAAAGAAAUCUCAAAGCUUGUCUGAGUCGGUCUCCCUCGAGCCUCCGCAACCUCCUUCACUUGAAGAAGAGACUGCUGCUCGUGCGACAGUAGCGGACGACGAGCUAAAGGUAUCAGAAGAGCAGACUGAAGAUAUUUCUUCAGCUUCAGGUCCCUUGGAGAUGGAUGAGCCUAAAGAGCUGGAGACUCAGCCAGAAGCGCAGCCGGAAGCUGAACCGGAAACUCAACCGGAAACUCAACUGGAAGCGCAGCCAGAAGCUGAACCGGAAGCUCAACUGGAGGCGCAGCCGGAAGCGCUGGAUAAACCUAAGGAGUUGGAGGCUCAGCCGGAAGAUCCUACACCGCUUGAUUCUUCUGCCCAAACCCAACAACCCGAGGAAACCGUGGAUACUGGAACCAUCCUUUCCAAAUCGCAGAAAAAGAAAAACAAAAAGAAGCAAAAGGGCAAAUCCCUGUCUUUGACCGAAGAACCGGCCGAGCUUCCUAAGCCUGAAGAGCCAACUGAAGAAGCUAUUGCAACUCAAUCUACUAGCGAAGACAAGACCACCGAUGCUUCUGGCAAUGAAAAUGUGUCUCCUGAUGCUCCCACUUCCGAAGGCAAUAUCGAGCAGAUAUCUUCCGAAAGCGUUCCUGUUUUUAGUGAGCCAGCCAAUCUUGAAGAACAAACAGAGGAUGCCAAGGAAAACAUGGACACUGCGCAGGCUGUAGCUAGCGAAGUCCCUGUUGAUCAGCCUGCGCCUGAAGAAAUAACUGGUGACAUUGAAAAUGACAAGUCGAUUGAAACUGAUGCACAGGCCCAAGAGCCAGUUCAAGACACGCCUGAGGCUGCCGCGGAAGUGCCGCCUGAAGAGAAGAGCGAGGAACAGCCUGUUGAAUCUUCUACUAAGCUGAGCAAGAAUCAGAAGAAAAAGAAGAAGAAAAGGCAGUCGCUAAUGCUGGAUGUGGAGAACGAAGAAAAGCUAACUCCAGAGCUUCCUGAGACAAACCCUCCGCCAGUAGAUGGCGCAGAAGUCGCUCCAGAAACGACUGAAAAUGACAAGGGAAUUUCAGACCAGCCUGCGGAAUCCACACCAGAAAAACCGGGAGAAAAGCCCGAGGACGUGAUCGACAGCGCAGCACCAGCAGAUCUAAACACAACUACCCCCGAGGUAGAAGAGUCUGACAACUUUGUGGAUGCUCAAGAGACCAACGACAAUACUCCAGUCGAAACCUCUGAACCGACAACCCUAGAGCAAUCACCAGCAGCCGAUGAUAUCGUCGAGUCGAAAGAACUCCCUGCUGAAGCACAAGAACCAGCCGCGGUAGAGGAAGCUCAAAGGCCCGAGGACUCGUCGGAAUUAAAAGAGCUCACUUCCGAAGCGCAAGAGCCAACGCAGGUAGAGGACGUUCAGAAGCUAGAGGACUCAUCAGAGCCGAAAGAAUUGCUCCCUAAGGUAAAAGAGUCAAGCGAACAACCAGCGAUAGAUGAUUCAGAAUUGCCUCUUUCCAAGAAGGAAAAGAAGAAGAAAAAGAAGGUCAAGAAGAACUUGCCUCUUCCUUGGGAAGAAGAGAGUCCUGCCUCUCCAGCAGAAAAAGCAGCCGAGCCAACCCCAGAAUCGGAGCCUGCUCCAUUGACUGAGGAACCUGGUGAUUUGGCAACUCCGGUCGAAGACACUACUUCUGUAGCUCCAGUUUUGGAUGAGCAGACUUCCGAGACCUUGAAUACACAGGUUAUAGAGGUCCAGGAACCUGCCUCGAUCCACACUGACAACGACUUGGUUGCCCAAGAUGAGAAACAACCAGACCCGGAACCUUCACAAGCCGAGCCUGCUACCUCUUCAAAGUCGAAGAAGAAGAAGGGCAAAAAGGGCAAGCGAGUAUCCUGGAUAGACGAGUUCGAGAAUACAACAGAAACUCAACCGGAACCGUCUACUGAAACCCAAGAGACUGCUACUGCUGAGCCUGAGCCGUCUUCUACGGAACCUGACCUCUCUCCUGCAACAGAAAGCGAACCGACUCCCGCAGAGUCCCUUUCUGAAGACCAGUUGCCUACAAACCCAGAGGUUACUUCACCUGUCGCCGAAGAUGUCAGCACUGCAGAAACUGAAAAUUCUAACCCCGUUGAGGCUGAAGUUUCCCCUGAUAUGCAAGCCGAAUCACGACCUGAAGAUAUCGAGGGUAUUUCUCAUACGGAAAUUGGAAAGGCCGACUCUUCUCCCGCUACAGAAGUUGAAGAAACAGAAGCUCUCGAGCAGGAAACAACAACAGAACUGUCUGAAGAAGCCACCCACCCGCAAGCUGAGCAGGACAUAAAAGGGAACGAGGAAAGCCGAGAGCUGCCCACAACAACUGAGCAAACUGAACCAGUUGCAGUUGAAGAGCAAAAACCUUCCAUUGCAGCUGAUGUUGAGGAUUCGGGGCCGACUGAUUCUAAAAAGCGCAAGAAAGACAAGAAGAAGGACAAAAGGCGAAAGAAGGCGACAGAGUCGCUCGGCGUAGACGAAGAAGCACCUCAAAAGCCUACAGAUGAGGGUGUCAAUGAAGAUGCCGUGCUCCCCGAACCCUCCGACGCCCCCGUCUCUGACAACACGGAAAAGGAGGAGUCAGGCGAAGUGCAGUUGUCUACUGCCAUCGAUAAAGAAGCUGACGUCUCCAACGAGAAGGACAAUGUGGGUCAAAGCUUUGACACAGCGGAAGAGCCAAAGCCAGCCGAUGUCACGCAACCUGCCGAUAACGACAUGGAAGGCAAUGACCUUGAAACAUCGCCAGAACAGGUAAAACCAGUUGAAGCCAUCGAUGUUGACGAUGAAGGGACUCAGGAGACCACCAAGUCUAAGAAGAAGAAAGACAAGAAGAAAAAGCCCAAGUCUUUUCAAACUGAAACUACACAAGAAGAAGCCAUCGGCGACUCCUCUAAGGACUUGGGUAGCCCAGAAACAAUUCCUGACUCGACACCAACUGAUCUUGAAGCUACCGCGGCGCCCGAAAUCUCACAAGACGCAACCAAGAACGAUGAUAUUACGACAUCACUUGAGGAGGAGUCUUCACAAGCCCAUCCCAAGAGUCUUGGAGAUGAGGAGCCGGAUGUCCAGGUCGAAGAAGCAAAGGAAGUGACCGGAGACAGCAAGAGUGAAGAAGAACCUAUAUCGCAAGAUGUUGAGCCCUCCGUUGACCCCUCUACGCUCCCAGAAGUCAGUCAAGAAGCCGAGUUGACUGAAGAACCGCUUGUGCAAGAUUCAUCGGCAGAGAAGGUUGAUACUGAGAAGGCUGCGGAUCACGUUGAGGCGAAAGAGCCUACCGAUAUAGAUCUUCCAAAAGAUAUCGACAAAGAGCCAGUGGUAUUGACCGGAAAGGCUAAGAAAAAGGCCAAAAAGAACAAGAAAAAGCUCGAAUCAAUGUCCUGGGAUGAACCCGAGGCUGAGGCUGCGGCCGAGACUGAGUCUGUACCGGCACCUACCCCUCAAGAACCAGAUGAUUCUUCAGCCAUGGCGGCUCCAGUAGAGCAACCUGCCAAUGAGAAGGAUGACACGCCUGCUGAGGCAUUGCCACAAGAGGUUGACUCCAAGUCAGAGCCGACGACGGCAGAUGAACCGCAGCAGACAACUGAACCCACCGAAGAAAAUGCCAACGAGGAUACAGUAACUCUGGAAAACGUUGACACUACACCUGCGGAGCCAGAGAGGCAACUAUCUGCCAAAGAAAAGCGGAAAGAAAAGAAGAAGAAACGUCAGACUCUGGAUCUGUCCAACGAGGAGUCAACACCUACAGACAAUAUUACCCCGGAUGCGCAACCCGUCGCUGGUAAGAAGGCUGAAGAGACGAAAGACGAGUCCUUAUCACUUGAGCCCAACGACGAAGAGUUUUCCCUUACAGGAAAGAAGAAGAAGGGAAAGAAAAACAAACGGCAGUCAUCCAACUGGGAGGACGAAGUGAUUGAGGCUGUCGCGGGCGACGAGUCGGGAGAAAUCCCAACCCAGGCAACGGAGGCAGGAGAUGGAGCUGAAGAACCAAAGGAAUCGGUCUCGCGAGAUUCGCCCUUAGAGGAAACCACCGUACCUACGCCGGUGCCGGAAACCCUGGAAUCCACACUGCAGGAGACGCCUGUUGAAGUCGACGGUAAAGAUACAUUUCAGUCUUCCGACAAAAAUGACAUCGACACAAAAAAAAAAGAUUUCGAUUGGACUGAUAACAUGGUGUCUUCGCAGGUACAAGCUCAAACAGAGGAUUCUCCCUACCCGGUGCCUUCCCCGACUUUAGUUGACCACGAUAACGUCUUCGAACCAAGCCCUGCCGAGGAUAGCCACGAAACUGCAAUACCCGAUGCCACGGUGAAAAGUCAAAAAUUAGCCUCAAACAAAGAGGAAGUCACCAUGGAUGUCUCUACUACAGCUAUUGACCCCUCUACCCAGGAGCCAGACAGUGAGUUCUGGAGUACAAGUACGGGCAAGGGAAGUAAAAACAAGAAAAAGAAAAAGCAGAAGUCGAAGUUGAAUUUCUCCGCCUUAGAUGAGGACCAGAACGCUGAGAGCACAAUUGCAACACAUCCUACUACAGACCUUGCGGAAGAUCCCAAAGAUCAAUCUUCAAUGAACCAAGAGGAGAGCACCACUGCCGACAACGACAAUCUACCGUCUAGCGCCUCUGAAGAACAAAAAAAUGAAGAGGACACACAGAUUGAGGUAGUAGUUGAGCCUGAUGUUGCUCACGAAAGCCAAACGACUUCAGAGGCUCCAGCUCUUGAAGAGAUACCACCACGUAAUAAUGAGACGGAGAAAGGGCUCACUCAUCCUGUUACUGAGAGUGCCGAAGAAAAAGCAGAACGUCUCUCCGAGGCUCUAGACAACUCCGGAACGUCAGCUUUAGAUCUUGACUUAGCCGAGCAACCUCCUGUUAGUGUGGUAGAACAUAUCGUGGAAGAGCCCACAAUGACCGAAGCUGAGCAUGAGACCGAAACAACAAUUCCCACCGAAGAGCCGACUGCGAGUCCAAAGUUGGAGGACUUAAUAAGCUCAACUGAAGUCGGAGAGCAGCCCGAGAUGCCAAAAGAACUACCGGCUGCCUCCAAUACCGAAGAAUCGGACGCUGUCAAGGACAUCUCACCCGAAACUGCGAAAGAAGCUGAAGGAGACAAUAACCGGGAAGAAGUCGGAAUCGAGACUCCUGUGAUCUCUGAGCCUGUGAGCCGGAAGCUGUCCAAGAAAGAAAAGAAGAAACAGAAGAAGGGCAAGCAAACCGCAGACAUCGACGAAGAAGAGAACAACUCAGCAGGCACCCAGGAACCCGCGGCGGUUGACAAACCUGAAGAAUUCAACACCGAACCACCGGCUAAGAUCCCUGUCCCGACCAUAGAUGAGCACCCUCCUGCACUCACAACAGCUGAUACAGAAAUUGCUACCACUCAAGAGCAAGAUCAUGCUGAACCGGAAACCGAGUCUGCCUGGACGCAACCAACCCUUGAACGCAAGGUCUCGCGAAAAGAGAAACGAAAAAACGCGAAGAAAAAUCCUUUCGAACUUGAAGGUGAAGACAAGGAAAUAGUCGAUGAUUUCUCGAAGGGCAAAAGUACCCAUCUAGCAGUGGACGAGCCCGUCGUUGAUGAACUUGGUGCUACUGAACCUGUGGAAGAAGCCCGAAGUGCUGAUGCAACUUCCAUCCCGACACAGGUAUCUCUAGAUCCGUUCGACGCUCCGGAUGGAGAUGACGAGGCUACUAUAACUACAGCCGAACCUGUGGAUGUCGACAUGGACCUACAUAUUCAAGACAAAAAAGACGUGGAUCUGUCGCAAUAUACAAACGAGAUGCUACGUCGAACAGUUCUAGAAAAAGAAGACGACCUGGCAGUUGCCGCUGAUCUCUUUGGCGAACCUUCCAAUGCUAAGUCUGAGGAUACUGCUUUAGAGAAGUCCCCCAAGAAACAGGACAAGAAGAAAAAGAAAAAGGGCAAGACAACAUCAGUCCAAGAGCUUGAAAGAGUAGCAGAACCCGAUGAGGUUGAAGAUUCCGAGAAAGUCCCUACUGAAACACCGGCGGAACCGGAUACUACGUUCAACGAUCCGCUUCUCAUGCGUCGUGAUUCAAAAUCUUCCAAGGCAAAGGGAAAGAAAAAGAAGAAGCGUGAAUCGCAGGCUGAUGCUGAACAAUACGAAGGCCAUUCUCAAACUCCUCUGCCGACAGAAGAGGCUGUCAUUAUCAGUCAAGAGCAUCAUGUCGACCCAAUUGCUGAUGAAUCUGGUGAAAAAAGUGUACAAUCUUGGCCAUCUAUUGAAUUUGACAAGGAACGCGAUGGGGCCGCAAGUGAUUCUAGCAAACGAUCACGGCCCUCGGAUCAUUCUGCUUCCCAUGAUAAGGACACUUCGUAUCAAGAGCCAGAAAACAUGAUUGAAGAAUUCGUUGAGGCUACACCUGCUACAGAGAGUCAAGCCGAAAAGUCUCUCCCGCCUUCAGUGGAUCGUGAAAUGCCCGAUGCCUCAGUUGAAGGUAGUCCUGCAAGCAGUCAGGCCAGAGAUGUGGAUCUUAUUUCAGAGAUCGCCCUGGCUGCGGCAGGCUUCCGGUCUUCUCCAAAAUUAGAAGACUCGGGCGUCGAACCUGAUGAUUCGGGGACGGUUACAUCGAAGGGAAAGAAAGAGGGAAAGAAAGUAAAGGAUCUGACCAAGAUCUACGAACCCCAACCUUCUAAAGCAGGAGAGAACACGACAAACAAAAUCACCAAUAUCUUCCCGGGCUUAGAAAGAGCUGCCUUUCGACGGCCAUCGCCAAAACCAGUUGCUCAACACGCCGAUGAUAUGAUUCCCGCUACAAACAAGGAUCACAAAACACGCGAGACCAGCCCUUUUGACGAAGAUACCAAGUUGUCAAUGACUACAGAAAAGACGCGGGAAAUAACAAAUCUGUCAACCAGUCCUACCCCUGCUCGCGAGUCUUCACGGUCCCCAAUACAGUCAACUUCCAGGGAUCACUCCCCGUCGCUUCUCUUCAACUCUUCUCCCUCCACCCGCUUCGAUCCCCCUCUAGAGGCUGAACACAGGAGCCAUACACCCCCAACGGAAUCUCGCCAUACCUCUAGUGGUAGUCUCCACCGAACAAAGUCUAUACAUGGACAUCACGGGGGUGCUACGCACGGUUGGAAACAUGAGGAUGAACUUACCCGGUCAAAUUCUCCAGGGAUGAUUCAUGCCGACCAUCCCGGUCUCUCUCCGCCGCGAACACCCCUUGACCCGAUCAAAGAGCACGAUGGCGCGCAUUCAAGUUCUCCUCGCCUUACCAUUGGCGAAGAACCAUACGUGCUCCCCCGACCAGACAGCCGCAACAGCGUGCGUAGUUCGCGGUCCCUCCGGCGGACCAACCGCAGCAUCAGCUCCGAGCUCCGAGCGGUAGCCUCCGACAGUCCGGGUGCCGACAAGGACCAAAAGCGCAGUAGUGGCGCAGGACGUGGGGCUGGUGCGGGGUGGGGGGCUGGGCUAGAGACGGAUCGCUCCCAGCCACCCAAAGCGGCAGAACAACAAACACACGAUGACGACCUCGACCGCCAACACAUCGAGGACAUCCCUUCUUCAUCCACAUACGACCCAGUUACCGACAAAGGCAAGCGGCCUGCUCGAGGCAUGAGCGAUGUCUACGAGGCAUGGGGCGAGACUCCAAAUUCGCCGCGGUCGCCUACGCGACCGCCAAGUAUUAGACGUCGUCAGAGCAUGCAACACUUAGCAGAACUCGAAUCGCGACUGGAUCAAUUGAUCUCCGAGAACCGUCUCCUCGCUACAGCCAAAGAAGAAGCCGAACAUAAGCUCUCCCGCGCUGGAGUUGCCCGACGCAAGAGUGACCAAGCUCUCAAUAGCAGCACUGCCGACCUACGAGACAAAGAAGCCGAGAUUGCUCGGUUAACCAGCUCAUUAGAAUGGAUGCAGGGCGAGGUGCAGAGGCUGUCGCAAGAGAACGAAUCCAUCAGUGCGACGCACACCGAAUUGGCCGCGUCGCACGCACGUGAGGUGGACAAUCUCCGCACUCGUCAAGUCCAAUUAGCAACGGGCAUGGAAACCAUUGUGCGCGACCAGAUCUCUGCUGCACUAGCCGAAAAGGACGCAGAACUCCGGCGCCUACGCGAUGAGCUCGCUGCUGCUCGCCAAACAGUCCAAGAACUGCAGCAGCAGAUUGUCACGGCAACCGCCGAUGAUGUCCUAUCAACAAGAGACGAAGACUAUUUUGACAACUCUUGCCAACGACUUUGUCAACAUGUAAAGCAAUGGGUCUUGCGAUUCUCGAAACACUCUGAUCUACGUCGCUGCCGGCCAUUGGCUGAAGUGCGUGAUUCGAAUGUCGCUGAUCGAUUCGAAAAUGCCAUCUUGGACGGUUCCGAUGUUGACUCUGCCUUAGCUGACCGUGUGCACCGACGCAACGUCUUUAUGGCCGUGGUCAUGACAAUGAUUUGGGAAUACAUAUUUACUAGAUAUCUGUUUGGCAUGGAUCGCGAGCAGCGUCAGAAAUUGAAGGCUCUCGAAAAGCAAUUGAGCGAAGUCGGACCCCGACCAGCUGUCUCCCAUUGGCGUGCGCUUACCUUGACAUUACUUGCAAACCGACCAGCUUUUGCCGAACAACGGGUUAGAGAUACCGAGGCCGUCGCUCUUGAAAUCAUGGGAACACUCUCGCAGCUUCUUCCACCGCCACAAUCGGCCGAAAGCUCACUUACUGAGUCUCUGCGCGGAGUGCUCCGACGAGCUGCAAACCUCUCUAUCGAAAUGCGAACACAACGCGCUGAAUACGUGAUGCUGCCACCUCUACAACCCGAGUAUGACUCACAAGGCGAGCUAGCUCGCCAGGUGGUGUUUAAUGCGUCCCUCAUGAAUGAACGCAGCGGUGCCUUCUCUUCCAAUGAACCACUCGAGGCACAAGGGGCAGUUGUUCAGCUUGUGCUCUUCCCAUUGGUCGUGAAAAAGGGCAAUGACUUUGGGAGCGGGGACGACGAGAUUGUCGUUUGCCCGGCCCAGGUGCUGGUAGCCCGCCCAGAAGGGGAGAGAACCCGCGAUAGAGAUCGCAUGUCGACUUUGGGCAACCGAUCUGUGUCAAGCGUGGUGCCAUCCAUGGCCCCGUCCGUCGACAUGGGCAACAUGAUCUGA